CCUACAAAACACUUCAACUGAACUAUAAAACUUUGCUUAACCAAACGAUCCUGUUUCAGUUCUGUACACUGACAAUGGCCAGAAGACAUCUGAUGUUGUGGAUAUUUGCUCUGAGUGUUUCACUCGGUCCCACAGUCAGUCACAUUCCUGAACUAGAUGGAAAAAAGGUGUAUGAGAUUGUUCAACCAAUCAGAUUGCAUGCACUACAAAAAAGAGACUUAAAUUCAAGACCUGACACAGUGAAAUACGCUAUGACACUGGGAGGUAGAGACAUUGAAAUGCACCUCCAGAAAAAUGAUGGCCUACUGACGAAAGACUAUAGCGAAACUUAUUACACUGAAGAUGGGAUGCUUGUCACAACCACACCUGAGGAUCUGGACUUAUGCUAUUAUCAUGGGAAAAUAGUCAAUGACAGCAAGUCAUUGGUUAGCAUGAGCACCUGUGAUGGAUUACGAGGCUAUUUCCAAACAGAGGAGCAGAGGUUUCUGAUCGAGCCGUUGUCCGAGGAUGGUGAUGGUGACCAUGCUGUCUUUAAGAACGAAGAUGUAAAUGAAGAGAUGGCUAGAGUGUGUGGAGUCACCAACACUACUUGGGACGAGAGUGAGGAAGGCGCUCCUCCACGCAUUCUCAAAAGUCGUUCUCGUUCCUCAGGGCCAACUUUGUUCCAGCAACAAAAAUACAUCGAGCUCUUCCUUGUGGCAGACAACAGCGAAUACAAGAAAAUGGACAGCGAUCUUCAGAAGUUGAGAAAGAGGAUAUUUGAGAUCAUCAAUUACAUUAAUAAUGUAUAUAAAGAAAUCAACACAUUCAUUGCUCUGACUGGAUUUGAAGUCUGGACAGAUAAUGAUAAGAUAACAGUUUCUCCUGUUGCUGGAGCUACCUUGGACAGCUUUACCCAGUGGAGGAACAACGAUCUCAUCAAAAGACAGCAGCACGACAACGCCCACCUCCUUAGUGCAAUCAACCUUGAUGGAGCAACUGUGGGUCUAGCUUACAUUGGAACUCUGUGUGGAGGUCUUUCAACAGGGAUUGUGCAGGAUCACAACUCUAAGGCUAUAGCAGUGGGGGCUACUAUGGCCCAUGAGAUGGGGCACAAUCUGGGCAUGAGUCACGACAGCAGCAGCUGCGUUUGUUCUGAUGGCACAUGCAUUAUGACAGCUGCUCUCAGCUAUUUCAUCCCUCAACACUUCAGCAGCUGCAGUAGUAGUAGCUAUGUAGACUACCUGAACAGCAAAAACCCAGAAUGUCUUAUGAAUAUGCCCAAACCAAAAGAAUUGAUUCAGCCACCUGUAUGUGGAAAUGGAUUUGUGGAGAUAGGAGAACAAUGUGACUGUGGAACAGUGCAGGAGUGUACAAACCCAUGCUGCAAUGCCACCACCUGCAAACUGACAGAGGGUUCACAAUGUGCAACAGGGGAAUGUUGUGAGAAUUGUAAGAUCAGGUCAGCCGCACAUGUGUGUCGUCCAAAAAAUGAUGACUGUGAUUUGCCAGAGUCAUGCACUGGAAAAUCAGCCGAGUGUCCUGAAGACGUCUUUACAGUCAAUGGACUCCCUUGCAAGAAUGGAAAAGGCUAUUGCUACAAUGGCCAGUGCCCACAGAGAGAGGAGCAGUGCAUUAAAAUGUGGGGUCCAACUGCUGUGGUGGCUCGAGACUAUUGCUACAACCAGAACACAAGAGCGGAAUACUUCGCCUACUGCAAACGCAAUGGCAAUAAAUAUAUUGGAUGCCAAAGACAAGAUGUGAUGUGUGGAAAACUGUUCUGCGAAGAUGGCAAUGCAAAUCCCAAUUAUGGACGGCUAGUAAAAUUCAACAAUUGUAAAGCCACAUUCUACAGCGAUCCUGAAAAAGAUUAUGGUCAAGUCGACACAGGCACCAAAUGUGGGGAAGGACUGGUUUGUAACCAGAAUGAGUGUGUUGACCUAGAGACGGCUUACAAAGCAACAAACUGCUCCGCCAAGUGCAGAGGCCAUGCGGUUUGUGACCACAGAAAGGAGUGCAGAUGUGAAACUGGAUGGCUGCCUCCAGAUUGUGAAACACCAGCAGAAAGUGAAGGUUCUUCUAAAGCGGUGACAAUAGCCAUUGUCAUGGUUGUCUGCAUCCUGAUUGGGAUACUUCUAAUUGGACUGGCCGUCUUCUUUUACAAGCGCAGAAAGAGCACGCCACAUUCAUUCGGCCAUCCAAGGCAGCAGAAAGUUCAUGUAGUCGACAUCCCUGACUACAGCCACCAGUCGACACCAAAUCAGAAGCCGUCUCUGGUUAUAAGGCCUACAGCACCUCCUCCACCUCCACCCUCUUCAGUUCAAUCCAGAGUUCUGCAUAAUGACUACCUAAAUGCGCGACAGGCCCUUAGACCACCUCCUCCAAGGGUGUGAUGUCUAGCACCUGUCAAACCUCAAGAAGUGGAACCAGCACACUCCAGACCCUGCAGAUCGGAUGUGUUACGAGCCUGAGGCUUGCUAAACUCUUCAAGAGAAGACAAAUGUCUGUAAAAAUAAGCCACAUGCAUGAGACCAACACACCUAAAUGAAUUUUACAGCGUGUAAAAGAUUGUCCUUGACUGACAUGAUGAAUUUUAAGUCACGUUUUGUUUUUAACCGAAAGAGAUUUUUAAAUUUCACUUUAUUUAUUUGUACAGUCUGUUCCUGUAUAAUUGAGCCUGCCUUCUGUAUAGUACUGAUUUUAAGUCAGUAAAAAUAGCCGACUCACUUCCACAGAAAGUUCACAUUAGAGUUGACUUUCUAAAGUUUA